GGCGAACGCAAAAUACAUACAGUUAGAGGGUCCCACAAAAUAACAUACUUAGGGAGUCAAAUAGCAAGAUGGCGGAAAAAUCGAGUCGCCCAUCGUCCCAGGCAAGGAGAUCAGCAACACAAAGUAGACAAUCAGGAACAUCACAAGAUCUUCUGAGCAGGGAAGAGGAGUACAAACGUUUAAAUGCUGAACUUGAAGCGAAAACAGCUGGUCUAAUCCAACAAGCUGAAGAUGUCAUGCGAGGACAAGAAAGUAUGUUGAGUAAAGCAAGCAGAGGAAUCCUGGAUUCAGAUGAAUAUGAAUAUGACAUCAACAAUUCUCCCAUAUUUGACACAGAACCACAUUCAAUAACAGAUAAUUUAGAACAGGAAAGGUUAUUAUCCCAGCAAAGUGGGACACGUGCAUCAUCAUCCAGAAGUAAACCUCCUUCAAGACCACAGUCAAGAACCAAAAAAUCAAAACCCAAAACGAAAUCUAAUAAUAUUGGUGAUAAUACUUUUCCAUUUGCUACAAGUCUUGAUCAAAAUUUGGUGGAAACUAUGAAAAAUUAUGUGGGUAAACUUAUUUUUACAGAGGCUACAAUAAGGUUCUUGAAAGCCAAAGUGCGAGUUAUGCAGGAAGAAUUGGACAGAAUAUCACAUGAAUACAGUAAACGUGAUGAAGAAAAUAACCAAUUACUGGGUAAGAUAAAAGAUGCAGAGGAUGAAAAAAGAAGAUUACUGAAAACAAAUCAAAGUCAACAAACACAGAUUGAGAAAUAUAAGACAAUAUCUCAAGAUGCUAAGAGCAAAGGUGAUGGACUGGAAAAUCAAGUUAUAGCUCUCAGAAAAGAAUUAGAUGCAUUGAAGAGAGGACAGAAACAAGCCACGGCUACACAAGGAGCAACAGAAGUAAGAUUGAACCGUGCAUUGGAAGAGAUUGAGAAAUUAAAAUCACAACUUCACAAAUCAAGACAAGGUUCCAAAGAUACCAUGGAUCAAGAUAAACGAAGAAUUGAACAACUUCAGUUAGAAAAUAAAAGGCUAGAGAAGCAAAAAGCCGAAUUGAUGGCUGGUUUCAAGAAACAAUUAAAACUUAUUGACAUACUCAAACGACAGAAGAUGCACAUAGAAGCUGCCAAAAUGCUGUCUUUCACAGAAGAAGAGUUUGUCAAAGCCCUGGAAUGGGGGAAUUAACCUGACAAAAUAUUCCACAUUCUCAGAUUCCUUGUUGCAUCUUUUGUAAAUCAUUGUUUGUGUCUGUCAUUGACUGUAUAGCAGGAUUCCUACUACCAGUUGUACUGUAAACAACUUAAUUUUGGCUGUGAGGAGUUUGUUGAUUUUAUGGCUUUCGUGAUGACCGAGUUUCACAAGUUCAUUGACUCACGAAAUUAGUUUACAUGUUAACGUAAUCAAUUUUUGUAACCACUGUUUUUCACUAGUUAGUGAUAUCAAUAAUCAUUCUUGAGUAUCGUAAUUUGGAAUACAAACUUGCUGUCUAUUAAGCUCAAAACGUUCCAUUUUUGGUUGAGUCUAUUUACACAACUUUAUCUCUGCCAGUAACAUGGCAGUAUAUAUGAUUUUUUGAGACAAUAAAACUGUGUGCAUUUUA